AUGGUUGCAGGCUUAGGAGUCGCUGUAUUUCUCCUCUGUGGGACCCUGUUUCAACCCCCCGAGGUGGCAGCAUUCAAACCUCUCUUUAAGGACGGCUCCCUCACCCAUCGAGAAAUCACUCAGUUGGCCAUCCUCCGCAAGACAGCAGAAGUGUGUCGUGACAUAGCCACUGCCCAGGGGCGCGACUUCACACUGCCUAUAAACAACAGACUGACUCCAUCUGCUGUCCAAAAAGCCUGCUCAGCAUCUCCUGCUUCAUUAUCUGCUGUCUCUUCCCUUUGUUUUUAUUCAGCUAUAACACAAACUUAUCUAAGCAAUGCAGCUGUAGAUCAACGUUUUGCACUGAGUGAGGCACAUCACAUAGACAAUGAAGCUUUCAGUGAAGGCCGGGAUCUCAUAACCAGUGGUGUGGCUGCAGUAAAGGCCAGCGUGCAGCAGGGGAGCUAUAUCUCUGCCCGUAUCACACUGGGGGCUCUUUGUCACACUCUACAGGAUUUCUAUAGCCACAGUAACUGGGUGGAACUGAGAAACACUGCUCCUUUCAGCACUCUCAUCAAACCUGACCUUCCUCUCAACAAUAUAGCAGACCCCAGCACACCAACAUGCAAAAGCUGCACUGGGCCAAAAUGUGUUGAUAACAUUCUCCCAGAAAUACUGCUGCAAAAGAAACUAACCUCAGGAUAUUUCAACAUUUUCUUCUCCACAAAACCCACAGGCAAGUGUAGCCAUGGUGGCUCUUUUGACAGGACCAGUUCAAGAGAACCCACUGGAGGCAUCAAUAAGGAUGACAUCAGCUCAGAUCACGGCUUCCUUCAUCUCCGUGCUGCUGACAUGGCCAUCAACGCUACUGUGGAAGUGCUGCAAGACAUCCGACUGGCCACAGGCAACAAAGCCUUUCUUCAAUUGGUGGGCCUCAGUCAAACCUCAGUUCUGGCUUUUGUGAUUGACACCACGGGCAGCAUGUCUGAUGAUAUUGAAGAGGCAAAGAGAGUGUCUUUCAGCAUCAUAGACAGCAGGAGAGGAACACCAGAAGAACCUUCAGAAUACAUUCUAGUCCCAUUUAAUGAUCCAGGAAACCUAAAUUUAAAUACUUUUUAACCUCAAAUGCUCAUCUUGAAUCUGACAAGAACUGGGAAUGCAGAUCUUUUCAAAGCCAGAAUUAAUUCUCUUACAGCAACUGGUGGAGGAGACGCCCCAGAGAUGUGCCUGUCAGGACUGCUGUUGGCACUAGCAGGAGCUCCUCCAUCUUCAGACAUUUUUGUUUUCACUGAUGCUGCAGCAAAGGACUCAGAAUUAAAAAGCACCAUUCAGGCCAUGAUUGAAAGCACCAAGUCAACAGUCACUUUCAUGCUGACUAACCCUUUCUCAUUCCGUAGAAGAAGGAUGUCUCACAAUCUCAAGAGUUUAAAUUCAAGAUCAAUGCCUCUGUCAGAAAUACAGCUGUACAGAGAUCUGGCCCAUGUUUCUGGUGGACAGACCAUAGAGGUCACAAAAGAUACACUGUCUCAGGCCACUGCAGUCAUUACAGAUGCAUCUACAUCAGACCUGGUGACUGUUCUUCAGGUGGUGAGAAGUCCAGUCAUUGCAGAAAACUUUUUCUUUGUUUUAGAUCCAUCUCUGUCCAAUGUGACUGUGUAUAUCACUGGAGAAUCUCCAGUCUUUACCAUCUACAGCCCAACAGGUGUGUCUCAGUCAGGUUCAGUGUCAGAUGGUCCUCUGGCCAGCAUCCUGACUGUAGGGAAUCUAAAGAGAGUAAAACAAUCUGACAACCAGACAGGGGAAUGGAAGAUCAGCAUUGAUGCAAUAGUUGUAUAUUUAAUUGUGAUUACAGGUGAGAGUUCUGUGAACUUUCUCUUUAACUUUGUGGAGCAGUUAGAAGGAGGUGACUUCACACCAAAAUCCAAUCGUCCUUUGACUGGUCGAAAUGCUACUUUGUUUGUCUCUGUGACCGGAGGAGAUUCAGUCACAGUGACUGACGUGCUUCUAGUUGAAGCUUCAGGAUCUGCUGUUGUUAAUGGAACCAUUAAAUCACUGGGUGCGACAGACUUCCUGGUCAAUGUAGACAAAAUCCCAGAAUGGGCGUUUGUGGUGCAGCUGAAAGGACUUUUAAAUGACUUAACCCGAUCUUUGCCUAGUCCCUUCCAGAGACAGUCACCCACCCAGCAACAAGGCUCUAGAGUUACUAUCAAGGCACAACCAAAUAACACUAUAGAGCCUGGAAUCCCAUUUCAUCUCAACUUUACAGUGGCCACUAAUGCUACAGGUGGCAGUUACACUAUCCGAGCCCGGACAGACCGCAGCUUCAGUGUGUCUUUCCCCAGCUCUCUGACCCUGGGGACAGAGGGAAGCGCUGAGGGAACAGUAACGCUGACUGCACCCUCCAACACAGCUUCAGGAACGGAUGUCACACUUACCAUUGAAGCAGAAGAUUCAGAGACCGGUGACUCAAAUUACAUGGCACUGCGUUUCACUGUCAUGACUAAGGUCACUGAUUUCUUUAGCCCUGUCUGUCAGGUACUGAGCAUUAAAGCUGACUGUCCUGUGGAAUGCAGCAGAGCAUCAUGGGAACUCUGUGCCAACUUAACAGAUGGUAAUGGUACAGGCAUAGCCGGAGUGUCCCUCAGUCGUGGCAAUGGCUCUCUCAGCUUAAGUUAUGUGAUGAGUGCAGAUGGCACAAAUGUGACUGUGGCAUCCUACAAUGCUUCCUGUUGUUCUCAGGAAGUAGAGCUGGUAGCUGUGGACAGGGUGGGAAAUGUGGGCACAUGUUUUGCCUCUGUAAAGAGACCUUCUACAACUGUUAGCUCCAAUGUAUCUGCAACAUCAGCUGCUACUACCACCAGUGGAUCAUAUUCUGUGUCCUUCUCCAUGUGUAUUGGUCUAGUAGGAUUAUUUGUUUUCUUUCUUUGUGAAUGA